CCCGUUUACUCAGUGGACAACGGCGUGGCUUAGGAGGAUUUUGAUAUGACGUGUAAUGAAGUGAUGUCAUUUAUGCAUAGGCCCAAAACAUAAAACUGAAGUAUUAUGUUGAAACGUCUCAUUAUGUAUUGGGUAUUGAAGUCACUGGCAACGGAUUUUAUCAGCGAAUGCGAGGCGACACUAUAAUAAAUAGCCUAAUAGCCUAUUUAUUACUGAGGUGAAAUGAUACAGCCGUAUUUCCUCGGUGCGUAGACUAUAAUGGCCAGAGUCCUGCCGUGAACUGCUUGGUUAGAUUAGGAGCGCUAUCUUUUUAAAUGAGGAGAGCGGAGGGGUGUGUUCAGCGAGCGGCAGAUGUCCCGGGGGACCGAACGCUUCCGUCGGUGCAGAGAGCAUAGGGGCAGGCUGCGGACACCAAUUCCCAGAGUCUCAAAAAUAGACGGAAAACAGCCACUGGAUUUGGGUGAAAAAGCGAAGGAAUGCCCCUCACAUUUGAGUCGUCUGUCUUCAGGACGCCGCGUUUGGCUCGAUGGCGCGAUGUUUCACCGCUUUGGUAAAGCAUCCCAUCUGAUGCCGAGGUUGAAGGAGUCUCGCUCCCACGAGUCGUUGCUCAGCCCCAGUAGUGCAGUGGAAGCUCUGGACCUCAGCAUGGAGGACGAGGUGCUCAUCAAACCAGUGCACAGCAGCAUCCUCGGACAGGACUACUGCUUCGAGGUGACCACGUCUACAGGCAGUAAGUGUUUCUCGUGUCGCUCGGCUGCUGAGAGGGACAAGUGGAUGGAGAACCUGAGACGAGCCGUCCACCCAAACAAGGACAACUGUCGUCGGGUGGAGAACCUGCUCCGGCUGUGGAUCAUCGAGGCCAAGGACCUGCCGGCCAAGAAGAAGUACUUCUGCGAGCUGUGCCUGGACGAAGGCCUCUACGCCCGCACCACCUGCAAGCUGAAGGCCGACAACGUCUUCUGGGGCGAGCACUUUCAGUUCAGCAACCUGCCCUCCGUCCACAGCGUCACCGUGCACCUCUACAAGGACAGCGACAAGAAGAAGAAGAAGGCCGACAAGAACAACUACGUGGGCCUCGUCAACAUCCCCGUCGCCGCCAUGUCGGGACGGCAGUUCGUGGAGAAAUGGUACCCGGUGAGCCUGCCCAACCCGGGGAAGGGGAAAGCGCCGGGGCCCAUGAUUCGGAUCAAGGCCCGGUACCAGAGCAUGAACAUCCUGCCCAUGGAGCUGUACAAGGAGUUUGCAGAGUACACCACCAACAACUACAUGCUGCUGUGCUCCGUGCUAGAGCCGGCCCUCAGCGUGAAGAACAAGGAGGAGAUGGCGUGUGCUCUCGUCCACAUCCUCCAGAGCACCGGCAAAGCUAAGGACUUCCUGACGGACCUGAUGAUGUCAGAGGUUGACCGGUGUGGUGAAAAUGAGCACCUGAUCUUCAGAGAGAACACACUGGGCACCAAAGCCAUCGAGGAGUACCUCAAACUGGUGGGACAGAAGUACCUGCAGGAUGCACUGGGUGAGUUUAUAAAGGCUCUGUACGAGUCGGAUGAGAACUGUGAGGUGGACGCGUCCAAGUGUUCAGCAGGAGACCUGGGAGAACACCAGAGCAACCUGAAGAUGUGCUGUGAGCUGGCUUUCUGCAAGAUCAUCAACUCCUACUGUGUGUUCCCACGGGAACUGAAGGAGGUGUUUGCGUCAUGGCGACAGGAGUGUGGUAACCGGGGGCGACCAGACAUCAGCGAACGUUUGAUCAGUGCAUCGCUCUUCCUGCGGUUCCUGUGUCCGGCCAUCAUGUCGCCGUCCCUCUUCAACCUGACACAGGAGUACCCUGACGACCGGACCGCGCGCACGCUCACACUCAUCGCCAAGGUUACGCAGAACCUGGCCAACUUCACCAAGUUCGGUAAUAAGGAGGAGUACAUGUCGUUCAUGAACCAGUUCCUGGAGCACGAGUGGACCAACAUGCAGCGCUUCCUGCUGGAGAUCUCCAACCCUGAGACCAUCUCCAACACGGCCGGCUUCGAGGGCUACAUCGACCUGGGCAGAGAGCUCUCCACCCUGCACUCGCUACUGGCCGAGGUCGUCUCCCAGAUGGAUCAGACUUCAGCUGGGAAACUUGGCCCAUUACCCAGAAUCCUCCGGGACGUGCACACAGCGCUGACCAAUCCGGCGGGCGUUCAGAUGAUAGCCCCGCCCGACCGCAUGCCCUCCCCUCCCGCCCCCAGCUGCAGUAUCUCCACUGGCCUGCAGAAGAUGGUCAUUGACAACGACCUAUCAGGCUUGGUGGACUUCACUCGUCUCCCGUCUCCGACCCCGGAGAAUAAGGAUCUGUUCUUUGUGACGCGGGGCUCGGGCAUCCAGCCGUCCCCGGCGCGCAGCUCCAGCUACUCGGAGGCCAACGAGCCCGAGCUGGGCCUGAGCAGCGGGGGCAAGAGCCUCUCCAUGGUGGACCUCCAGGAGGCCUCGCGCAGCCUGGACGCUCCCCAGGGAAACAGCUCUCUGGACGGCCUCAUAGAGGGAGCCCUGGUGCCCUGGUCCGCCCGUACCCCCCAGGGGAACCUGCCGGGGGGUCCCACGCUGCGGAGGCCGGGGCAGUUGCCCAGCGGACUCGGGGUGGGCGAGGGGAUGCCGGGCGUGACUGGCGUAGGGGGUCCAGGUAGGCCGGCCCAGCUGCUGGCGCCGCUGUCGUUCCAGAACCCCGUGUACCAGAUGGCGGCCGGGCUGCCGGUGUCGCCCCGCACGGCGAUGGGGGAUUCGGGGUCGGAGUGCCACAGCUCGGUCAGUUCCCAUAGCAACAAUGAGGACGGGCUGGUAGCGGCCGGGAAACACGGGCUGGCCAAUCAUGGAGGAGGGGCCGGGAGCAGUGGGGGGGAGGAGUUUGGAGGCGGGGGUGGGCGUCGGUCGGGUGAGUUCACUCGCCGGCAGCUGUCAGCUGACUCCCAGCACCAAUCAGGAGUGCCACGGCAGAACAGCGGCGGUCCCCAGAGACGGAUCGACCAACCGCCGCCGCUCACCGCCACCCGCGGACGCACCCCACCCAGCAUGCUCUGCUCCGCCCCCUACCCACGCCCCUCCAGCGGCGGCAUGAUGUCAUCGUCUUCGCCUGAUUGGCCAGGCAGCAGUGGGGCACGACUACGGCAACAGGGCUCCUCCUCCAAAGGGGACAGCCCAGAGACCAAACAACGUGCUCAACACAAACAGGCCCCCUCCCCAGUGAACCCCAGUGCAUUGGACCGCACAGCGGCAUGGCUGCUGAAUAUGAAUGUGCCGUAUUUAGAGCAGGACUCAGAACCCAGCCUCAGGGAUGAGCACACACACCCUGACAAGUACCAGGCGGAGGUGUGCGUCCUGCAGGAGAAGCUGCGGGGGUCGCUGCAGAAGCUGGAGGAGUACGAGCAGCGUCUGAAGGAGCAGGAGGAGCAGGCCCAGAAGAUGCUCAUGGAGUACCAGACGCGCCUGCAGGAGUCAGAGGACAGGCUGCGCCGGCAGCAGGACGACAAGGACCUGCAGAUGAAGGGCAUCAUCAGCAGGUUGAUGUCCGUAGAAGAGGAGCUGAAAAAGGACCAUGCUGACAUGCAGGCUGUGAUUGAUUCCAAACAGAAAAUUGUUGACGCACAGGAGAAGAGAAUAGCGUCUCUGGAUGCGGCUAAUGCUCGGCUCAUGAGCGCCCUCACGCAGCUGAAGGAGCGCUACAGCAUGCAGACACGCAACGGCAUCAGCCCCACCAACCCCUCCAAGCUACAGAUCACAGAGAACGGAGAGUUCAGAAACAGCUCCAACUGCUAGUGCAUACACACACACACACACACACACACACACACACACACACACACACACACACACACACACACAUACGUAUGUACAAGUGCAUGCACAGACCAUCAACAGACCCUACCAAACUACAGACCACUUACAAGAGGAUAUAGGAACAGCUCCAAGUGCACACACACACACACACACACACACACACACACACACACACACACACACACACACACACACACACAGAGAACAUGGUGUAGAUAUCCACUUUUGCCAGGUGUCAGUGGACAAUAUUCAGACAAUCUGAUUGGACAGACGGCAUCCUCAUGGUUUGCCCAGAGUUUCCCCUCUGAUUUAAGAAGCAACAACACACUGCUGUCACCUGGGACAGAACCACUAUACAGCAUCACACACACACACAAUCUCUCUGUCUCACACACGCACACACACACACUCUCUCACACACACAAACACAUACACACGCACACACACACUCAGACACAUCCACACACACACACACACACACACACUCACACUCACACUCACACUGACACGUACAGGCAGCAAAAAUAUCUCCCCUCUUCUUUCCUUCUUUCCUUCUCUCCCUCCUUCCCCCCUGUCCCUGUCCCUCUGUUCGUCUGCGCUGUAAUUCAAAGCUAAUUAGAGUUUAGUGGAUCCUUCUGGAACAAAAACACAAUACUGUCAUCACGUGCAAUGAGAACAUUUGUCUCUUUUGAGUCUGAAUAGUUUUUGGCUCCAUCAACCAAAUAGGACCUCUGGCUAAUGUUUUAGCAGCUGCUGGAUGAAGUUAGUGCUGUACGUCCAGCCAACCUCCCGUUUCCAAAGCAACCCCUCACCACUGAGACCUACCCUUGGCACCUCGACUCCCGUUUCCAAAGCAACCCCUCACCAAUGAGACCUACCCUUGGCACCCGGCCUUCUUCCUAGGGCACCUGUGUGUGUUCAUGUUCUCGUCCUCCAACCUUGUGCACUUUGCCAAAAGCUCUUCAGUAUGAGAAGCCUUAAAAUGGAACACCCCCCUCAGCUUAUACUAUAAUCAGCAACAAAAAAAAAACUAUUUUUAAAAUAAGAAUCCAGAAAUUAUAUUAUUAAACAAUACAUAAUUUAUCCUGAAAACGAAGGCAAAUCUGAUAUAUACAGAAUAGUUAUAUACAAAGUAUAAUAGAGAAUAUCUAAAUAUAGUUCAUAAUAGAGGUGUAUACAUUUCAAAUCAGUGUGUUCUCAGGAAGAGAUCAGAAAGAUGUUAUUUACAGUCCCCUCAGACUGUGUUUCUGUUUUAUUUUGGCUUUUAAUGGCUUUUAUUUCCUGAUGGUCCCUUGUCACCUCUUCAUGUGUACUUAAUGCUGGGACACUGUCCUGUGACCUCAGUAGGGUUCUCGUUUUAAUGAGUGCUCUUACAGGAUGGAAGUGAGCAACCUUUGUGUUCAUUGGUCAACCCAUCUGUUAUGGAUGCAUCUACUGUUUUUAUUCAUUUUGAUUUUGAUUUCUCACUGUCUUGGUUCCUGCUCCUGAAUGUUGUGCUUUUCUCUUGUUGGGCUUCGAGAGACAGAGUGGCCAUCCAACAAGGAUUGUGUCAAGUUCACCCCCUAGAGGACAGGAGGGUGAAUGUCACCCUCACUAAGGCACACUAUUGGGGUUCUCUCUGAAGCCUCCCCCCUGCAGCUUAAAGCUGCCAUGCUCUGGUCUCAGUGUCUCACACUUACAAGCCCACCAAGAGAUAACCCACAGCAUAGCAAUGUUCCCUCUCUCUCUCUCUCUCUCUCUCUCUCUCUAUCUCUCUCUCUCUCUUUAUUUCUGCUCUUUUCAUUUCCUCAUCUUCUACAUUGCCUCUCAUCCCACCCUCUCCUUCCCUUAAACAAUCUGGAUGUUCACUCCACUCUGAAAACCAACACUGGUGUUAGUUUGACACCCCCACCCCAUUCACUUAUGUCCUCAUGUCCAGUAGACAUUUCAGCAUUUUUACUUUGUAUUUGUUUGUAUUAUAUCUUUUUUUUUUAUUUACAAUGUGGACGAGACAAACAGACAGACAAGACAGACAACCAGUGGAGAUGUGCAUGCCUAUUGAUCAGCAUCUGUAUUGAUCAGCAUCUGUAUUGAUCUGCGGGUGACUGACAGCACCGUUGCCAUUCAGCUUCCUCUGUUGCCAGUGAGGACCACGUGUGUUAAGAGUGUUUCUCUUUCCAUGAUAAUCCACUGCAAAGCCAGACCUGUAAACAAGUGUGUGUGUUUAUUUCAGUGCAAAAGGCCUCAGAGUAUGUAUGUAAAUAUGAAUAAAAAUAUGUCUAUGCUAUUUCCUGUGUAGUAGUUGACACUGGAAUGGAUCUGCCCAGGACUCCGCAAGAGGGCCAUAACUGGUCCUGAGUCAGUACUGUUUGGGUUUUCACUGGGCCAGGCGAGCGAGCGAGCGAGGCCUCCCCAGAUCCCAUAUGGGUUCUGUUUGUAAAUGUACACCAACACUGAAUCCUACUGUCGCUGAGCACCCUCAGACCCUCAGACACCAACACUGACUCCUGUAGCUGAACACCCUUAGACACCAACACUGACUCCUGUAGCUGAAGACCCUUAGACACCAACACUGACUCCUGUAGCUGAGCACCCCUAGACAGCAGCUCAGUCCGAGCCAGCUUCAGUUCAGAGUCGUUUCCUGUCUGAGGGCUCUGUUAAUGUAAAUAGCCCUGGUGUAUCUUUUGACUUGAGGUUUGCUGUUUGUGUAGGACUCUCAAACCCAGUAACCUUCUGUUGUUGUUGUUUUUUUUUUUUACCUUCCUGCCAACAUUCAGUUUUCUCUUGCAGCAGCCAGCCCCGCCUCUGAGAGGGCGCUGAGGCUUGAAGGACAUGAGUCAUCCAGGGAACUCGAGAGAUGAGUUGAUGUCAGAUGAUAAACAUAAGCACAAAAAACACAAUGACAGGCAGAGGCCUUGUUUAUGCUUGUUGACUGGCUUGUUAUCAAAUGAUAUCAGGUCUUAGGUCCCAAAUAGAUGGCUUUGAAAUAGAUCUGGCUGUAGGAACCUGUGUAACUUUUCCACACUAGAACAGGGUCAGGCCCGGUCCAUUGGCAGCUACAGUCAGAACAGGGCUCCUUAACACUGCUCCUGUCCUACCAGGAUCUUGCAAGGGUUUGCUGUGAUCGUUGCGGCCAAAAAUGACUGACUGAAUUCUCAGAAAUUGCGGUUCAAAUUUAGGUGAAUUGAAAAAUAAGAUAAAAGCAAUAGCAAAUAAUGCAGAGAUUCCAUGAAAUAUUGUCGGAAUAAGAGAGAAUUAAGGGAAGGGAAAUCCUUGAAUUUGCAAAAUCAGUUCUGCAUGGCGGCUUUUGCAGCGCCUUCGUUUGGGGCUGACGAAGGGAAGACUGAAUGUGUGAGGAGCUGUGGAGGAGUCUUGCUUCCUUUCAGCGUUGCUCCCAGGCAGUCCUCGCUCUCGCUCUCUUCUCUCCGUACACACUUUGACAGUUCUGUCCAUCCCUAAGACUGUCGGAAGACAUGCCCUGAUUUAGCAAAUUCUGUCUGGUCUGAAACCAGUUCAGGAUUACAUGAAAACAGCAACCUCAAGAGGGUUCAAGUAACAGACUAUGGAAUGCCUAAACUGGUUGAAUGUUAUUGUUUGGUUCAGGUUUUUUUGAUGGACAUGAAUGAGAUUGUAAGUCUGCAACUUUUGGCGUUCUUCUUCAAAGAACCUUAGCCAAGGGCAUAAGGAACGUCAGCGGCAGAACAACCACCCCAGCCCCCAUCCCUAAACCCACACCCCACCCCACUCGCCCCGUUGACUCUGGUCAGGUUGUUUCGUUGCACAGUGGGAGUCUUUGAUAGACGAGUUUCACUGAUGCCUCCUGCUUUCACACGGGCUGGUUUCUAACAGUUGUGUGUCAGUGGCUGUUUUUUUUCCUCCAAAAAAAAAUUCUGUUUGCACAUCAUGCCUUCAUACAGUAAUGUCACAGACUGAGAAUAGGAAUAUAUAAUAAUAAUAAUACAAAUUAAAAAAAAACGUGAGAAAAUAUUCAUAUAUCUCCAUGGUAAUACAGACUCUAUCCUCUACUGCAGAUAUAAAAGGUUAGCUUUGUCAAAAAGUAUAAAUCUAUGAAUAAAGUAACAGAUGUUAUAUGUUUUAUAAUCCUUGUAGAAAAUACUUUUGUAAGUAUGUGGACAGUAAUGUAUUGGGUGGAUUCCACUUCAGUGGAGGACGAUGAUGACUUGCUUAUUAAACAAUAAUGUACAGAAGACUUUGUCAGACGAGAAAACGUGGCUGUGCAAUUUAUGUACAUUUGCAACUAGAAUGAUUAAAGUUUUAUUUAGCUAUUUUA